AUGUGGAUGAGUGCGUUGCUGCUGACGAGGAUCUCCUCUGCGAUCAUUUCUGUCACAACUUCAUCGGGGGGUUCUACUGCUCCUGUCGCUACGGUUACCAGCUGCACGCCGACAACCGCACCUGCACAGUGGAGUGCAGUGACGGUGUGUUCAGGGAGCGCUCUGGAGUUCUGAGCUCAGUAGAUUUCCCCUCUCCGUACCCUAAGAGCUCCGACUGCUCGCUGAGGAUCCAGGUGCCGCCGGGCUUCAGGCUCCGCCUCCACUUCCACCCCCGCUUCGACAUCGAGGACCACCCCGAGGUCAGCUGUCCUUAUGACCAGCUGAGGGUGGUGUCUGGCAGCAGGACGUUCGGUCCGUUCUGCGGGACUCGAGCUCCAGACGACAUCGAGACUGACGGACACGAGGCGACGGUGAUGUUCCACAGCGACGACUCAGGGGAGAACGUGGGCUGGAGACUGACCUACACAACUAUAGGAAGUACGUGUGCGGCACCUGAAGCCCCGCCCCAUGCCCUGCUGACUCCCGUCCAAUCAGAAUACUCGUUCAAAGACCACAUCCUGUUCACCUGCUCAACUGGAUUCACUGUGCUGCAGGAUGGAGAGGCUCUGGAUCAUCUUCAGAUCGUCUGUCAGUCUGACGGCUCGUGGAGCAGCAGCCCCCCCCACUGCCAGAUGGUGGAUUGUGGGACUCCACAUGCGGUUGCCAUGGCCGACCUGGUGUUUGGUAGUCAUGACAACAGCACAGUGUUUGGAUCCACAGUUUCCUACCUCUGCCGCGAGGACGCCGUCCGGCUGGACCCUAGCAACAGCUCCUACAGCUGUGCUCUGACUGGUGAUUGGAUAAAUUCAGAGUCAGGGAGCAGCCGACUGCCCAGCUGUCUGCCAGGCUGUGGACGCCCGGCCCGCCCCCUGCCCCCCCUGGUGAAGCGGGUCGUAGGGGGCCGGGGGGCCAUGCCGGGCCUGUUCCCCUGGCAGGUUCUGCUCCAGGUGGAGGACCGGUCCCGGGUCCCAGAGGAUCGCUGGUUCGGUUCUGGAGCCCUGCUGUCCCCGUCCUGGAUCCUGACCGCCGCCCACCUGCUGAGGUCCCAGCGCAGAGACAACAGCGUGGCCCCCGUGGCCCCCCAACACGUCAAGGUGUUCCUGGGACUCCUGGACGCUGCAGACCAGAGGCUGGCCACCAACCGCUCCGUGCAGGAAGUCCUCCUCCAUCCACACUUCCAGCCCAACAACUACAACAACGACAUCGCCCUGCUGAGGCUGACGGAGCCGCUGGAGUUCAGUGAGCUCAUCCUGCCUGUCUGUCUGCCUCCACCCCACAGACAGGACGACCCUCCCUCACCCCUCCCUAACUCUCUGGGUGUAGUUGCUGGUUGGGGGAUCUCCCACCUGAACGCCUCCCUCCCCCGGCCAGGCCCCACCCCCCCUCCAGGCCCCGCUCCCCCUCCAGGCCCCUCCCCCUUCCUGCAGUUCGUGAAGCUACCGGUGGUUCCUCAGCUGGAGUGUUUGGAGAGCUACGCCUCGCGCUCCGUCAGAUACAACAUCACUGACAACAUGUUCUGUGCCGGCUUCUUCCAGGGGGGGCGGGACACCUGCCUGGGGGACAGCGGGGGGGCGUUUGUGAUGCAGGACGGGGGGGGAGCGUGGGCGGUGCUCGGCCUGGUGUCCUGGGGGGGGCCGGAGGACUGUGGGAGCCAGAGGGUCUACGGGGUCUACACCCGUGUCAGCAAAUAUGUGGAGUGGAUACAGCAAUACACAGGGGGGUGA